AUGCCCAAGGCAAAGCAAGGGAAGCGCAAUAAUGCGGCACAGGCGAGCAGUCCCUAUGCGCAGGCUGUCGCCAAAACCAAGGCAGCCCACAACAUAUUCCGCAUGAAUACAGAUAUAGGCCAGCACGUCUUGAAGAAUCCUGGAGUAGCUCAGGCUAUUGUGGACAAGGCAGAUCUAAAGCAAAGUGACACUGUGCUAGAAGUUGGACCUGGUUCUGGAAACUUGACCGUCAAGAUCCUGGAGAAGGCCAAAAAAGUCAUAGCCGUGGAAUUGGAUCCGAGAAUGGCGGCAGAACUGACAAAGCGUGUACAAGGAAAGCCGGAACAGAAGAGACUGGAAGUCCUGCUUGGAGAUGUUAUGAAGACAGAGAUUUCGUCUCCAUUGACCUUCAAACUGCUAGCUACGAACCCGGCACCCAGAGUAUGCAUCCUCAUGUUUCAGCGUGAAUUUGCAAUGCGACUGUUCGCAAAGCCGGGGGACAAGCUGUACAGUCGUUUAUCCGUGAAUGCGCAAAUGUGGGCAAAAAUAGAUCAUAUCAUGAAAGUGGGCAAAAACAACUUUAAGCCGCCGCCUGCCGUCGAAUCUAGUGUGGUUCGCAUCGUCCCGAAAGUCCCACGACCGGAUAUUAGCUACGAUGAAUGGGAUGGUCUUCUCAGAAUCGCCUUUGUUAGGAAGAACAAGACACUGAGAUCUAGUUUCCUUGGAACUACCAGCGUUGUGAGUAUGCUAGAAGCUAACUACUGCACAUGGUGUGCCCAAAACAAUAUCCCAAUUGAUUCAGACCUCCUGGAUGGUGACCAGCAGAUGAUCACUGAGGAAGAGGAUGACCAAGGCGAGGAGGAAGUUGAUGAAAUAAUGGACGUUGAUGACGAGGAUGACGUUCCUGACUUCUUUAAAACGGAGAAGGUCCAGACAGCCUCCUCCAAACCUGGUCCCACGAAACGUGGGAAGGUGACAAAUCUCGUCCGAGAAAAGAUCAGACAAGUUCUCGAAGAUGAUACCAAGCUCGCGGACAAGCGUGCCCGGAUGUGUGACGAAGGGGAAUUCCUAAAGCUUCUUUGGGCAUUCAAUCAAAAGGGAAUCCACUUUAGCUAG